GGGUUUCAACGAGGACUACCCACUGCAACAGGCCAAGUACAAUGUGGAAAAGUACUAUUCCGUGGUCGGUGUCCUGGAGGACAUGAACAAGACCCUGACUGUGUUGGAUAACUACAUCCCAAGGUUCUUCAAGGGUGUCAAGGAUGACAGGCCUGUAUCAACAUGGGCCAGUCAAGUCAAGAAAACACCACAAAGCCCACAAUCAGAAGCUGAACAAGAAGCCAAGACCUAUAUUCUUUGUUGCAAAAUGUGGUUGUACAUUGUCUUUGCUGGCCUAGUUGGCCUUGUCACUGGAAUGCCUCAUCUGCAUCACAAUGUUGGAACAUCAAAAAGCAACCAUCUCACCAUUGAAGACUUCAUUGCAGCCAAGAAUGAUGAUUUCAGUUUCCAUGAAGCCCAGGAAGAUGUUCUCAAUGGCAGGAAUCCUGAACUGGGAGAACAUUUUGAAGGCGACAUCAUUCUUCCUGAAGGCGUGAAUCCACAAAAUGGCAUCCUCCAGGACUCCAAGUUGUGGCCAAAUGCAAUUGUUCCAUAUACCAUCACAGGCAACUUCAGUAUGUCAAUGUCUCAUACUCCAUUCCCUGAAACAGGAAAAAACAUUAAACUCGCU